UGUAUUUUUUGAAAUCUCUCAUUGGUAAUAGGGCAUGUCCUGAAGGUUGUAUUGCAGAAGGCUAUAUUGCAAUUGAAUGCAUGACCUUAUGUUCGAGGUAUCUGCAUAGAAUUGACACAAAAUUCAAUCAACCUGAACGAAAUUUUGAUGGUGGUUUAAAAAAAUGUAGUGGAGGCUUAACUAUAUUUUGUCAACCCGGAAGAACUCUAGGAGCUAAAACUCCAUGUGAGCUUGAAGCAGAUGAAUUAGAACAAGCACAUAUAUACAUACUGAAGAAUUGUGAUGAAGUUUUACCAUUUCUCGAAGAGUUUGCACAAACUCAUGAGAAUGCUCGACACUUGUCUGAUGCAGAAUGGAACCGACAAUUUAUUGAAUGGUUUAAAGAUAGGGUCGCACAAUUGCACAAAGGAUAUGAAAGUCGUAUGAUGGAAGAUCUCCUGUCACUUUCACGCGGUCCUACACAAUAUUUGAGGUGUUCUAAUGGUUAUGUUGUUAAUGGAUAUAGAUUUCAUGUAGAAGAUUAUGAUAAGAAGUUAAGGACUCAAAACUGUGGCGUUGUUGUAUUGGGUGAGAAUGAUAAAGAUAGUGAGAACCUUGAUUACUACGGUGUAUUAACAGAUGUGAUUGAGUUGCAAUUUUGUCAUGGAUAG